AUGUUGGAGACGCUUCUGAGUGUCGAUCAGGCCGUGAUCACACGGCUUCGUCACAUUCGCAUCAAAUCGUUCCCGUUUCCACUACACAAUAGUGGAAGACCGGAUUACUACCCCACGUACAACUUCUGCAAUGCCUUGUCUCUUCUUCCUGGUCUGCAUCUUGAGCAACUUGUUGUUGAGGAUUGCUUUCAUGGCUUCGGGCUCGUCGAUACCUGGAGAGAUGUUGUCACGUACUUCGACAUCGAAAGCCUUAUCAAGUGCGAUGCGUGGAAGGAGCUCGUCUACAUUACGCCCAACACUGAUUUCCUUGCUUCCGGUUACGACCAUCGCAGGAAAAGAGUCGCACAGCCGGAAAACUGGGAUGCUCUGCUGAAAGAGCAGGACGGCGAGAAAUCUGGUGCCGAAGUCCAGAUGUGGAUCACCCCGGAUAGCGGCAAUGGCUCCGCGCAAGAGGGUGCAACCCGGCCCUGGGCCGCACAGCCAGGCCACGUAGUGAUUGAGGAUAUGAGCCUGGCCGCCCCCGACCAAGAUCUUCGAGGUGAGGUCCAGAUCGUUGCUCGCAGAGGGAGGCGGGCACCGUACAUUCAGAUGGGUCUGUCUCAGAACAAGACUUGGAAGGAGCUCAAAGCAAAGGAAGGUGGCUUCGCACAAGAAGACUGGACACCUUACUAUAAUGACAUGGCCGAUGCCAUCGGAUGGAUAUAUGGUGGCUGGGGACGUCGCAUGCAGCUCGCGAAUGCAGCACUCAACUAUUAA